AUGCUUCUGCACGAGCAAUGUCGGCCAGUGACAUUAGAUGCUGACAAGGAGCUUCUAUCCAAAGUUGCUUUUCUCGUUUCACGAGAAGGUGUGAACCAUGAUGAGCUGUGGUGGUCAUUAGACUUUCUCUAUGACAAAUUCAAGGCACGUGGUGCUGAAAAAAGGACACUCUACAAAUGGGUGCAGUUCUUGAAGCAAAAAGCGGAAUUUACUGAGUUUUGCAAUGAUGAAUUCUUUUGCCAGACGAAGCAAGUCAGUCUCCCGCAGAAUGCUUUGCGUGAGAACGUGGCUACAACAGCAGCCAUUUUGGCAUUUUUAUUUUUCUCACUGAAGGAAUCCAGAACGCCCAAGACCGUGCAACUGAUCAAAGAUUGGAUUGCUCCGCUUUGUGGCCGAGUGUGCUCUACGUUGUCAUGUUCUGUGAGCAUUGACAUUGAAGAUAUGCCUGCAUUGGUGCUUUCUCCUGCGGGUUUGAUCAAAGGGAUCGAGAACACAUUGACAUCCAGACACCGAACUUGCUUCCUGGCAUGGCAGAAAGAAUGGCAGUCAAUGUGUGCCGCAGGCGUUUUGAAUGAUGAAUUGGUGGGCGAGGCAGAUUCUGCGGUAUCAUUGCAGGAGCUGGUCCUCUUUGCUUUUUCAGUGGACAGGAGGCGGAGAUCAGCAGGUAGCCAUGUGUGGGCUGCAAGCAGUGUUUCUGGGUCAAGCCUCUUCAAGUUUCAGAAGGCCCUAGUGAACUUCAUGGCCCAGAAAAUUGAUCUGUAUGUGAAGAGUCAACACAUGCAACAGCAUGACACUGCCCGACCAGCUCCGGCCAGACGGAUCCGUAGCUCCGGGGACAAUGAUGUCCCGAUGGGCCAAGUCGUGCCAGCACCAUCGACAAAGGUCCGUAUGACGCCAGAUGCCAUCUAUGAAAUCUUUUCUCAGGCCCGAGACACAAGUGUUUCGAUGAAGGCGGCGUUGAUUUUCUUACAGGGGGAGAGGGUCUCAGCGAUGGCUGGAUGCAAACCCACGGCAGUAGAUCCGUGGGUUAGGCGUGCCCAAACCAUCUACGACGACAGAGCUGCAAUGUCCUUUGCAGGUUGCAACCACUUGAACUUGAUUAGCGAUGGCAGUUGCCAUGCCGGCCGUGAAGUUUUGGUUUCCAUUGCAUAUAGCCACCAGAGUGAUUCAGCGUCAUUCUGCAACCUCCAAGCACUUCUUCCUCUUACGCAAGUGAGUCCAAAUGAGAUGGAACUUACGGGAAAAUUGGAACAGCUGGCCCAGGACAACAAACUGUUGCGGGUGGCUUCCUAUCGGCAACUUCAGGCCAUAAGCCAGCAGAUCAACUUUCUGACAAAUGGCCGACUGGGCAAUUUGGAUGCUUUCAAAGUUCCUGACAAUGUUGUUGCGACACCAGUGCCUCAUGGUUGCACCCGCAUCAGUCAGAUUGACAAUGGUCGGGUUCGAGCUGGCUAUCGAGACAAUACUACUGGCGAGACUCGCAUGCUGCUGCCUCCUGAGCGGGACUGGUGGGUUGACACUCCUUUGUUGGUUUUGCAGCUGGACCAAGGGCCUACCUGCUGUGGAGGGGCAGCGUUUGCCAUCACCAAACUCGAGAGAAUGAUUCUUGCGAGGUGGGACAUCAUACAUCGCGCAAUUCGAGAUGUCAGGCUGAGCCUGUUGCACGGGGCCAACGGGGAGUUUUUUCAGGCGCAAUUUCAUUCGCAGUAUUUGUUUUCACUGGCCUACAGACCAUUUGGGUCGUCUGGUUUUUUUCAAGACAAGCGGCGGCUCCUGGAAUUGAUGUUGUCCAGAGAAACAUGUGAGUCUGUGCCUAUGUUUGUGGAUUCCUGGGAAAGCAUCCGAGAUGAGUUGCAGAUGCCAGCUUCAAGCACAAUGGCCGAUGUUUGGGCUGCGCUGCCUUUGCUUGAUGGUUUUAACUCAAAGCAGGUGUUUCCCAAGUUGUCACGUUGGUUCUCCUGGAACCAAGCAGCAGAUGAAAAGAUGUGUGAGUGGACGGCGCUGAAAGUUGUACUCAACUAUCACUUUGCUGGUGAAGACUUGGACCCUGAUGAAGCGUAUCAAAAACGACUGCUGGAACAUCUUGCAAAGGAAUCGAAUGCGGAAACAAACAUGAGACAUGAAUUUGGGAAGCUCAAAGAAAAAUUGGGAGGUGGGCUCAAGUUGUGUUAUCACAUCAUGAGCAACAAGUUGAAGCAAAUGGUGCAGAUCGUCAUGAUUUGCACGAGACCAGUCUGGUCGUGGUACUCCCACACAAUCAAGGAAGUGCACCAUGCCCAACAUCAGGUCCAGAAGCUGAUUGGCUUGCAGCACGGUUGGAUGUCUGAGGAACACUUGCAGAGGCUUGCGGGUCUCCCCACAUCCUUGGACGAGGAACUGCGCCAACUUCUUGGCAAGACUGAGUUCGAUGAUACAUGCUCCAAAGUGUCUGAGUUGAGUCAGCGUGUCUUGAAGAACCGGGUUUGGUCACUUUCAAGGGCGGCCGCUCCCCCGGAUUGCUAUGCUGGCUUGCUGUCAUUGGAUGAUGCUGCUCAAAAGGCUUGGUGGGCGGAGGCUUCGGCAAAACAGCUAGCUGCUGACCAUUGCAACUUGCUUAAGCUGGAAGCAAUUGCUGCCCAGAGUGGAUCUACACCAAAGAUCCUGAGCGAUUUGAAUGUUGUUUGCACAGCUGCCAUUCGUGUACUCUGGUUGGCAUUUGAGGAGGACAAAUACCACCAUGGCAGCCAUGGCGGCUUGCAUCUCCUCCGUGGAAUGCUUCAAACACUUCCUGAUUCCAAAAUCGUGGAAGACUGCCACGGCAACCUGAGGAAAAAUGCUAAGAAGGGCUCGAACAAACGGCAAACCCUGCAGGCCUUGCAAGAGCUGGUGACAAGCUCAUCAGUACUACAGACCAGGGACAUCAAACACAAAGCGUUUGUCACGAGAGAAGAGUUCUUGAGACGCUUCCCCAGAACCAAAGAUCGCAAACGGAAGAGGCGCUACAUGGCUCGCUUCCACAAGCUUCCGAAGGCAUGGUCGGAGUUAAUGUCCAGGAAGAACUGGGCAACCAUCAGCGAAGACACUUUGCAUCAAGGGGCAGCUGCCUUGGCUUUCUUGCGUCGGUACAUGGAGGACAACAUGGGCAAUAGAGGUGUUCGAUUAUCACAUGGAUGUCUCAGCAAGUUUGCAAUGGAACGCACCAUUAUGUGCCAUGCUGAAUAUGUGGGCUUUUGCCUUGGCCAUGGAGUCUGGAGUGCAUUGUUUUGGCCGCUGAGCAUUCACAAGGAUGGCGAUUUUGAAGGAUACUAUUUGGACCCCAAAGGAGAAGUUGAGUGGGUGCACAUCUUGGACCCGCAGGAAUGGUUUGUGCUUCCUCAUACAGUUGUGCUGCACCAGGAGAAGAUCUACAUGGAAGUCUCAUCGGACGUUCCCUUAGUGCGCUUCUUCUUUGGGGAAGCCUCUUGUCGAAAUUCUUUGACAGUCGCUGACAUGACUGUGCUUUCUGAAGUGCUGAUGUUGGACAGCGAGCAGUUUAACCCAAAGAAGAUGAAGCGUGACCAGCUACUCAAUGCAAUUUUGGACAAGGUAGGUGCUGAUGACCAGGACUGGCUUUGCAAGGUGAAGGAAUCUCUUGCCAAACCGGAGAAGCGCAAAGUCAUUGGAGAUGCGUUGGAUGAAUUCAUCCUGUCUGAAAUGCCAUUGGAGGAGCAGCAAGACUUCAAAGAAGUUGCAGAUGAAGUCGACACCAAGAGAAAAUGUGGUUGGAGCCUCAUGGAUCAGAAGUGGAGAGAGCAAAUGGCCCAAAAAAAGCCAAAAGCAAAAGCCAAGAGAAAGGCGAAGCCGAAGCCGAAAGCUGUGCCGAGACGAUUUGGUCGAAAACGCAAGAGGUCUGAUACUGAUCAACAAGAGGAUGUAGCUCCCGCACUGUUGGAUGCUCCAGCUGAGCCAGCUGCCGAAGCAGGAGCUGUCGAACCUGAACCUGGACCAGUUGAUCCAGGUGACAUGGACCUGGAUGAUGACAUGACACUUGAAGAGCUGCGGCAACGAGCUGCUCCAGAUGCUGCAGUUGCUCCAGAUGCUGCAGUUGCUCCAGAUGCUGCAGUUGCUCCAGAUGAUGCAGUGGCUCCAGAUGCUGCAGUUGCUCCAGAUGCUGCAGUUGCUCCAGAUGCUGCAGUUGCUGCGGCACCUCCGAUGCCUGAACGUGCUGCUGAGCCUCGUGCUGGUCCGUUCCAGGAAGUUGUUCACUGGACUGACAUCAGUUGCCCGCACUGCAACACUAUCUGUGGACAAAUCAAGCUGGUGCCCAACCCAGGAACAAGAGACGAACCCACAUGGUCCAUGCGUGUGAAAAAAGAUGGCGAAUGGCCUUCUAAAGGUCCAUACUUCAAGAGACGGCUGGCAAGAUUGAUCAAUGAUGAUCCUGGCGAUGGAAACAAUCCUGAAGGUGCCAGGAAAUGGGUGAUGCAGAUGAAGACUUGCUGCAACUCUUGA